CACACCUUGAACGAAACGCCUCCAUCCACCCCUCACUGCCUCACCCUCACCCCCCUCUCGGUCUCUAUCAUGCAGACAUCCCUCCUCCGUUCGCCGACGAUCCGUCAAUUGGCCUCUCGUCGAUUUGCUUCAACAACCGCCGAAUCUGCAUCUCAGGCUGCCUCUCAAGCUGCGUCGAAAGCACAGGAUGCUGCAAAACAAACCGCUGCGAGGGCACAAGACGCAGCAAAAGUUGCUGCCUCUAAGCUCAUAUCUGCCGCUAGUGUGCUGGGGAAUUCGCUCGGAAAAGUCGGCGGAAGGACUGGGCAAUUGAUCAAAGGUGUAGAAUCACUCAUUCCUCCAACUAUCUACUACGCAAAGGUCACAAAAGAGCUUUCCAAACUGGUAUUUUACGGACAAAGGAUGUCCCCUCCCAACGUUGAAACGUUUCAGAAGACAUUCUCCCCCAUCAUAGAUAUGCUCAAAAACCCCAGAGCCCUUAUGAAUUCAGUGUCGACCUCUCCUACCCUCCAGCCCGCCUCUAUCCUCGCCCGGCUCAAGGAAAUCACACCAAAGGAAUAUGCUCAGGCUGGUGUCUUAACCGCCGAGGUCAUCGGCUUCUACACUGUUGGAAAGAUGAUUGGUCGCAGAAAGAUCGUUGGAUACCGGGGUGGAAAUGGCGACCACCACUAAACCCCUUUUUCCUUAUCGUUGCGGUGCUAGAGCGGUGGUUUGAAGAGAGAGGUCCGGGGGGGCAGGUUACUAUAAAAAAACUUGAGGCAGGGUUGGGAUCUUUGUAUAAUCCUUUCUAGAAUUGCAUAUCCUAGGGUUCUUUUUUUU